UCUGGUCCUUGGCUGCAAAUACUCUUCCCUGCUUAAGGGAGCCCCCUCUGCCCGGGAGCCCUGCUCCCUGGCUUCUGGACAUGGAUUCAGGCAAAGAGAUGCUGCCCGUGUAAUGCUUGCUUCUGCAGCCUGCACAUCAUUUUGAUAUUGUUUCUGGAGCCUGUGACCUCAGUCUUGUCAUCAGGCCUCUGAAGGGUGCCUCUGCUCUUCUUUUCUCAUCUUCAAGCCCUCUGUGUGCCCUUCCCCUCUGCCUGGGCUCCCCUUUCUGUUUCACAGAGAUCCAGUCUCAGCCAUAGGAGGCAAGGCUGUGUGUAGAUUGGUGUAGUAGAAAGAACAAGGGCUCGCUGGGAAAUCAGACCAGAAAGUCACUUUAGCCAUAGGCUUUGGGGACAUUAGCAACCUUCAUGAACCUUCUUUUUCUGAUUUAAAAGGAAAUCAUUGUACUCACCUGUCAUGGUUUGGGUUCCCUGGAAAAAGACUUGGCGCUUCUGAGAUUUUUGUGCAGAUAAGGGAAGCAGAACUGGGCAGAGGGAGAUGUUGAUCUAUGGUGCAGUGCAAGAGAGGUCUCAAUCCCUCCCAUGAGACAAAGAGACGAGGCCUUUGAAGCUUAAUGUUGAUCAGCCAGUGGGUGCAGGCUGGUCCUAGGGAGGGAGCUAGGAUGUCCCUUCAGCAGGACAGUUCCUGACUAGGGACUCACCUGGGAGCUGGGAUAACCAACACUCUGGCAGCUGGACAUGGGGAAGUCAUGAGUGUCUUGGUCUUGGAGGGGGGUUGAGCAUUUCCCCACGGUAUCCACUACACUACCUCACAAAUGAAGUAGUGCUUUGUACUGUGCCUGGUGCGUAGUAGAUAUCUUAAAAGUAUUCAUUUCUCUCACCUUUAAGUAUCAUGACUGCACCUGAAAAUGAGUUUUGGAAUUCGAGUUGAGUCAGCUUUUGUGAGGAGCUUUUAAUAAUAACAGCCACAAAGACUACUGCUUCCCUUUUUUGAGUGUCUAUUAUGUAUAUACAUUCUCUUCUAGUUAUCCAAUAAUACUCCAACUUAGGUACUUUUAUUCUCAUUUUAUAGUAAACCCAGUCUCUUCCAAAACCCAACCAAGUUGAUGUUCUUUUGCCACAAAAUAAUAAUUAUAAUAAUAACAAUCACUCACAACUCUAUGAUUUGUUACACUUUCCAAAGUGCUUUCAUUGGUGGAUUGAUUGAUUAAUCAUUCAUUCAUCCACUAAUUAAUCAAUCAAUGUGUAUUGAGUGUCUCUUGAGGAGUAGGCGCUGUCCUAGGUGAUGGGGAGAAAGCUCAGUCUAUUAGAGGAGAUAGACAUUAAAUACUUGGAUUCAUCAAAAGCAAGUGUUGAGGGAUGGAACAUUGCGUUGCAUAGCCAGGAUGUGAUAGAGAAUAACAGGCUCUUUGUCCAAUUGACUCCUUGCCUUCAGUUUCAAUAUAACCUUCUUGGAAAGGCCUUCUGUACUCCCUCCCUUUUAUUCUCCCUUCGUAACAGUCAUUUAUCUAUUUUAUUUACUUUCCUAUUGUUGGUCCUCCCCUUUAGACUGCAGACUCCAGGGGAUCAUACAUUGCUUCAUCCCAAGAGCCUACCACAGGGUUUAGCACAUAUUUCUUAAAUGAGUGAAAUGAAUGAAGGGUGGAUGUGCUUAACAGCGUAGUCAGGGAAGGUCUCCCAAAGUCGUGAUAUUUACACUGAGAUCUGGGGAAUGAGAAAGAUCCAGCAACGCCAAGAUCAAGAGGCAGAGAGAACAGCUUAUUCAAAGACCACGAGGUGGAGGAAUGGAGGCUAUUGUGGUUGGAGCGCAUAGUGGGCAAAUUGUGUGGAGUGGCCCGAGAUGAGUUUGAAGGCAGUGGAGUCUUGGAGGCCAUGCUGAGCUUAGAUUUUUAUCUAAAGUGCAACAAACGAAUCAUUGAAGGAUUUUAAGCCUGAUGUGAUAGUGUAUAUUUGUGUGUUGUCUGUUAUGCCUCUGGGAGGAAAACUCCUUGAAGAAAGGUGCUUAGUAAAUAGUGCUUAAAUGAAUGGAUGAUCUGGUUUAUGUUUUAAAAGGAGUCAAUCUCAGCUUCCAGGUGAGAAGUGGAAUAGAGAGAAGAAAGAACUUGUCACAGUUGGAAGCUCAGUGAGAUAUAUAUUGGUGUCUGGGCUAGAGGACAGCAAUAGUGUUGGAGAAAAGUAAAAGGGUUUGAGCUCUAUUUAGGAAGCAAAAUGGACAGGACUUGCUGAUACUUUAAAUGCAGGGAAUAUGGGAAAAGGGUGGGGAUGAAGGAUGGUGGCCAGCCUUAUGGUUUCAGAUUGGUUGGCUACUGAAAGUCUGGCAGCUCCAUCAGUAAGUGACUGAAUAAACAAAAUGUAGUAUAGCAUACAAUAGAUUGUUACUCAGCCAUAACAAGGAGUGAAGUACUAAUACAUGCUGCAAUGUGGAUGAACCUUAAAAAUACUAUGUGAAAACGUGUUUUAAAAGCCAGACACAAAAGGUUACAUAGUGUAUGAUUCCCUUUAUGUGAAGCAUCCAGAAUAGGUCAAUCCAUAGAGACAGAAAACAGAUUGGUGUUUGUGCUGAUCUGAGGGGGAAGUGGGACUGGGGCUUGACUGCUUAAUGGCUAAGUGGUUUCCUUUUGAGGUGAUGAAAAUGUUUUGGAACUAGAUAGAGGCGACAGUUUGUACAUCAUCAUGAGGAUAGUAAAUGCCACGCAUUGUUAGUUUAAAAUGGCUAGCUUUUAGUUAUGUAAAUUUCACCUAAUUAAAAAAACAAACAAAAGUUGGGUGGAUGGGAGCAUUAUUCACAUAACAGAGACUAGGCGAGGAGCAGGUUGUGCUUAGAGGAUACAAUUCAAAUACUCUCUUGGAGAUGCCCGUAAAACAUCCACAUAGAGACAGGAAUUGGCUGUGAGUCUGGAGUCGAAGAGGGGAGUCUGGGCUGGAGAUAUAAAUAUGGCAGUUGUCAGCACUUAGAUGUCAGCCAAUAAAAUGGAUGAGUUCGAGUGUGAGAGAGAGAGGAGGAGAAAAUCAGAGCUUUGGAUCAUUCUUUAAUUUGAUCUUUAUAACUAUUCAUAGGAGAUGCGAUUGUCCUCAUUUUCAGAUAAGGACACCAACCCCCUCUCCCGUGUCCAAAGGAACUUGCCCAAAAUCAGUUUGUUCCUGUGAGUCUCCAGACUUCCAAUCCUUUGUCUUUCCCAUCUCAGUGUGAUGCCAUUUAGAACUUCGGCAAACACGUUCUCUCCCUUCUUUUGGUCAUGAUUGAGUAUUCACACGUGGCAGGCACUGUCCAGGUUUAUGUUACUGGAGAAAGUAGACAUGGCUCUAAUCUCAUGGAGUUUAUCCAGUAAACAGGAAACGGCAGCCCACAACUCCAGGAGACCUUAAGAUCACAGAGCAGGGGCAUCUAUCCCUGGUUUGGGGGUUGGCGGGUGGUUGGGGAAGGCUUCCAAGAGACAGUGAUGUUUAAGCUGAAUUUGCAACAGAAGCAGAGGGAAUGAGCCCAAGAAAGAGAAUAAUCCACCAUUGUCUUCAUUUCCCCGUUCCUCCCAGGUUCCUGGCAUUCUCCAACUCAUCAAGAGAGUCUAUGUUUUCUGUAACUCUAGAGGCAAUAAGUAAAUAAACGGCUUGGUUUGACUUCAAGCGGGAGCUUCAAAAGGGUAGCAAGGUCGGGUCCCAACAGCCUGUCUUUCAAAGCAAGGCUCCAUCUCUUGCUCAACUGACUUAUCCUUUUUUUUGAAACGGAGUCUCGCUCUGUUGUGCCCAGGCUGGAGUGCAAUGGCGUGAUCUCGGCUCACUGCAACCUCCGCCUCCUGGGUUCAAGUGAUUCUCCUGCCUCAGCCUCCAGAGUAGCUGGAAUUAUAGGCACCCGCCACCACACCCGGCUAAUUUUUGUAUUUUUAGUGGAAACGGGGUUUCACCAUGUUGGUCAGGCUGGUCUCGAACUCCUGAUCUCAGGUGAUACACCCACCUCGGCCUCCCAAAGUGCUGGGAUUACAGGCGUGAGCCACUGCGCCCGGCCAACUCAGCCUCUCUUAACCUGACUUUUUAUACUUGGGAUAUGGAGCCAUUGUUCAGUGCAGGAAAUAAAUGAGAUGAUGUAGCAAAGUGUUGGACACAUGAAAAAUGCUCAGAAAAAUGUUAUCUUGUUUGGAGAGGAAGACUUUCUGAGUUGAUCAGUGGUUGCCACACUCUGUACACUAUUUAUAAUACAGCUAUCCAUGCUCCCUUUGUAGGUUCUGAUUUAGAUGGGUUGAAAUGAAAAAUAAUGAUCUGUAUGUUUAGAAAGCAUCCUGGAUGAUUCUGAUAAAAGCAAGUUCAGGAACCAUUGGUUUAGACCAAAUCCUCUUUGCUCUGAUGAGCAUGAAAGGGUUAAGCACCUAGAAGCAGAAUUUUGCCUUCUAGGAAUUAUUAGCCAAUGACGGUGCUGACCGAUGAUGUAAUGUCUUUGGCUGGUGCUCCAUUGGUUAAGUGUAUUGUUUCUCUUGCUUCAGCUGUUUGAGGAGCAGAGCUGGAGCGCAAGGGUUAAUAAUUUUGUGGAAGCAGUUAGAGCUCUCUCUCUCUCUCUCUUUUUUUUUUUUUGUUCCUCUUCUGCUAGGUGUGAGUAUACAGCAGGGCCCUGCAGAUUGUUGCCCUUCUCCUUCCAACAAACAUCCACACUCUGCUUACACAUCCAUACUCUCCUCCUUUCCUCCUCCCAAACAGAGCACAUGUGUCCGUAGUACUACGGAGGAGGAGAAGGAGGAGGAGGAGGAGAAGGAGGAGGAGGAGGAGGAGGAUUCUUUAGAGAAGAGAGCCCUUUCAAAGUUCCACACUGCAGUCUCUUACUGCAGUCUCUCCUUGCCACCGGGGACGGGCACAGCCCCAGGUCCCUCUGAAUGAAUUGCUAAACUGCCACCUGCUUCUGAGCAUUGUUCAACCUGGCAGAAUCCUUAGAACCAGGAGCAGGUAAAUAAAGGCAGCUAAAGCUGACUGCUGGUUGCGCAAAAUCCCCCUGGCUCUUCUGGCUAAAGUCCUACCACUCCCUGUACCUGGCAGCAGCCUGUCUUCUGGGCCUCACCUACACACGUCUGGGUAGGAGCCAGUCAUCUCCAUCCAUCCACAGCCAUGAAUUUCCUCCGGCGACGUCUCUCUGACAGCAGCUUCGUGGCCAACCUGCCUAAUGGCUAUAUGACGGACCUGCAACGCCCAGAUAGCUCCACCAGCUCACCUGCUUCCCCGGCCAUGGAGAGGAGGCACCCCCAGCCCCUGGCUGCCUCCUUCUCCUCUCCAGGAUCCAGCCUUUUUAGCUCCCUCUCCAGUGCCAUGAAGCAGGCCCCUCAGGCCACCUCAGGACUGAUGGAGCCUCCAGGUCCCUCCACGCCCAUUGUUCAAAGACCCAGGAUCCUGUUGGUGAUCGAUGAUGCCCAUACAGACUGGUCAAAGUAUUUCCAUGGGAAGAAGGUGAAUGGAGAGAUUGAGAUCCGAGUGGAGCAGGCUGAAUUCUCAGAGUUGAACCUAGCUGCCUAUGUGACCGGGGGCUGCAUGGUAGACAUGCAGGUCGUGAGAAAUGGGACCAAAGUGGUGAGCAGAUCCUUCAAGCCAGACUUCAUCCUGGUCCGCCAGCAUGCCUACAGCAUGGCCCUGGGGGAGGACUACCGCAGCCUGGUCAUCGGCCUGCAGUAUGGAGGGCUGCCUGCUGUCAACUCUCUCUACUCCGUCUACAACUUCUGCAGCAAGCCCUGGGUGUUCUCUCAGCUCAUUAAGAUCUUCCAUUCCCUGGGUCCUGAGAAGUUCCCGCUUGUGGAGCAAACAUUUUUCCCCAACCAUAAGCCAAUGGUGACAGCCCCACACUUCCCGGUGGUAGUCAAGCUGGGACAUGCCCACGCUGGAAUGGGAAAGAUCAAAGUGGAAAACCAGCUUGACUUCCAGGACAUCACCAGCGUGGUCGCCAUGGCCAAAACCUACGCCACCACCGAGGCCUUCAUCGACUCCAAGUACGACAUCCGCGUCCAGAAAAUUGGAUCCAACUACAAGGCUUACAUGAGAACCUCCAUCUCUGGGAACUGGAAGGCCAACACAGGCUCUGCCAUGCUGGAGCAGGUGGCCAUGACAGAGAGGUACAGACUGUGGGUGGACAGCUGCUCGGAAAUGUUUGGCGGCCUGGACAUCUGUGCCGUCAAGGCCGUCCACAGCAAGGAUGGCAGAGAUUACAUCAUCGAGGUAAUGGACAGCUCAAUGCCGCUGAUUGGAGAGCAUGUGGAAGAGGACAGACAGCUGAUGGCCGACCUUGUUGUCUCCAAAAUGAGCCAGCUCCCGAUGCCAGGAGGCACAGCGCCCUCCCCCCUCAGACCUUGGGCUCCACAGAUUAAAUCAGCGAAAUCCCCAGGGCAAGCCCAGCUGGGGCCUCAGCUAGGACAGCCCCAGCCACGCCCACCUCCGCAAGGAGGCCCUCGCCAAGCUCAGUCUCCUCAGCCCCAGAGAUCUGGAAGCCCCUCCCAACAGAGGCUCUCCCCACAAGGCCAGCAGCCCCUGAGCCCCCAGUCCGGAUCUCCACAGCAGCAAAGGUCACCAGGCUCUCCGCAGCUAUCCCGGGCAUCCAGUGGCAGCUCCCCAAACCAGGCCUCCAAGCCAGGUGCCACCCUCACCUCACAGCCCCGGCCCCCUGUGCAGGGCCGUAGUACCUCCCAGCAGGGUGAAGAGUCCAAGAAGCCAGCACCACCCCAUCCGCAUCUCAACAAAUCUCAGUCCCUGACUAACAGCCUCAGCACAUCCGACACCUCCCAGCGUGGGACCCCAAGUGAAGACGAGGCCAAGGCUGAAACCAUCCGCAACCUGAGGAAGUCUUUUGCCAGCCUGUUCUCUGACUAACGCCAUCCAGGCUGGGAGGGGAGGAGUGCUCUGCUACACUCGUCCCCCUCCUGCCUCAUCUUCCUUCUCAGCCUUGGUUCCUGAUGGGAACAGAAUGGAGGGCCUGAGAACAUACUUUCUAAAUGCCUUUGACCCAGGAA